UGUGGACGGACGUCACGUUCCCCUCAGACGGAAUCUGGAGAAAGAUACGAGUGCUUCGGUUCUUCUUGCUCUGAGACUUUGCUUUUAUUCUACAGGAUCCUUUCUUUUUGUUAUUGUUGUCACCGUGCCCGGGACCUGUAACAUGUAGCCCACUGAGGAGGACAGAAAGAAAGAAAGAAAGAAAGAAACUUUAUUAUUCUUAUGAAACCAUAAAAGAUGGAUUUACCUCGUCCAGAACUGAUUGACUUCCAUGGAGUCUCAAUGAGUCACUAUUUCACAGACAACUGGGAGAAUGUUCAAAACUUUCAAGCUCGACCAGAUGACAUACUUAUCGCAACUUACCCCAAAUCUGGAACCACUUGGGUCUCCUACAUCCUUGACCGGCUGUAUUUUGGUCAGGCAGCCCCAGAGCGCCAGACAUCCAUCCCCAUCUAUGAAAGAGUGCCUUUCCUGGAGAUAGAGUUCCCGUUACUGGAAUCAGGAAAAGACCACGCAGACAAGCUCACAACAUGUCCUCGGCUCAUCAAAACUCAUUUUCCUGUCCAAUUUGUGCCAAAGUCUUUUUGGGAGCAGAACUGCAGGAUAGUCUACAUGGCCCGCAAUGCCAAAGACAACUUGGUCUCCUAUUUUCACUUUGACCGCAUGAACCAGGCUGAGCCAGAGCCAGGAGACUGGAGCAGCUUCUUCCACAGAUUCAUGGAAGGAAAGAUGGUGUUUGGAUCCUGGUAUGACCAUGUGAACGGCUGGUGGAAGAAGAAGCAGGCGCAUUCAAAACUUCACUACAUGUUCUAUGAAGACAUGAUUGAGGACACUGGAAGGGAAAUAGACAAGCUGUGCAGCUUUCUGGGAUUGACUCCUUCAGUUGAGGAGAAGGAAAGAGUUGCAGGUGGAUCUCAGUUUGAUAACAUGAAGAAGGACAGCAUGGCCAACUACUCUACACUCCCUGUUAUGGAUUACAAAAUAUCUCCUUUCAUGAGAAAAGGAACGGUUGGGGACUGGAAGAACCAUUUCACCGUGGCCCAGAAUGAAGAGUUUGAUGAAGACUACAAGAAGAAGAUGAAGGACGCCACACUCAAAUUCUGCACAGAAAUUUGAACAGGGCUCAUCAAGACUUCCAUGGAGUCUCAGAUAAUGGGGUGUAAAAGUCUUGUCAGUAAGUCUUUGCAGCUUACAGGAAGAUACUAUAAAUACUAGACACAAAUGGUAAAGAUCUGGUCACUAAACUGUAUGAACUGAUAAGUAUCUAUUUUAAUAACAUUUAUUUGACCAAAGGGAUUUCACAGGAGCAUUUUUUAACCUUAUAUCAGCUUUUGACACAAUAAAUCAUGAUGUCCUUUUUAUUAGUGCUCUCCUAUUUUAAUUUUCCGGCUGUGCUUUCUGCAGGAUGGCACCGUAUUUGACAAAUAGAAAACAAGCUGUACAGAUCAGAGAUGCACAAGCUCAGCUGUCAGGUGAUGUUACCAAAUGCUCCAUACUGUAACCAAUCCUCUCUAUCUCAUUUAUGUUAAUGGUUUAGCAAUUUUUUCUCCAAAUGCUUAAGUGCAACAAUAUGCUGAUGACAAAGUAUUACACAAAUAUGCCAAAACAAAGCAAGAGGCUGCUGUCAUGCUACCUGUGGCUAUAGUACCAGUGUCUCACUGUAUAAAGCUCUUUAUAUGUCUUAGUGCAAGAUUAAAUUUAAUCCUGUCCCA